AUGACGACAGCCGACUCUGCCGGAGUUUGUCCAUCCAGCCAAGCAGUCAAAUAUCAUGGCCCAGCGCCCACCGAGCCCUGGCUGCAGGGCCGGUUGUAUCGAGACGCGUUCAGGGACCGCAGGAAGCGGCUCGUCGCUCAGCCGCAGUCGAUCUUCCUCUUCCUCCUCUGGCUGCAGGUGGAGAACGUCAGGCUGCUUGACAGAGUCUCCCCCAGAAGAAGUCGGGUGGGCACCCUCUACCUGACGGCCACGCACACCAUCUUUGUGGAGAACGAGGCUGGAGUGCGCAAUGAAACCUGGGUGCUUCACAGUCUGGUGUUCAGCGUGGAGAUGCAAGCCGCCUCGGCCUCGGGAUGCUCUCUGCUCGUCCGCUGCAAGAACUUCCAGGUCCUUCACUUCGUCGUCCCCCGGGAGCGGGAGUGCCACGAUGUCCACCUGUCCCUGCAGCGUCUCUCCCAGCCAGAGCGCUGCGAGGAGCUGUACUGCUUCUCCUAUAAACCCAACGUCGACGAGGCGGAGAGGCGGCAGGAAUGGGACUUUUUGGACCCCAAGGCUGAUUACAGCAGAAUGGGACUCCCCAACUCCCUGUGGAAAUUCUCCCCCAUCAACCAACACUACAAGGUGAGCGACACGUACCCCGCCGACCUGUUCGUGCCUCAGUCCGCCACGCCGCCUGUCAUCGUGGGGAGCUCCAAGUUCAGGAGCAGAGGCCGAUUUCCUACUCUGUCGUACUACUCCAAGGAAAAUCACGCCGCCAUCUGCCGCAGCAGCCAGCCGCUGUCGGGCUUCAGCGCUCGCUGCCUGGAGGACGAACAGAUGCUGGAGGCCAUCUUGAGGUCCAAUCCCCGCAGCGACUUCAUGUAUGUGGUGGACACCCGGCCCAAGCUGAACGCCAUCGCAAACCGAGCUGCAGGAAAAGGCUACGAAAACGAGGACAACUACUCCGACGUUAAAUUCCAGUUCAUCGGCAUCGAGAACAUCCACGUCAUGAGGAACAGCCAGCAGAAAAUGCUGGAGGCACAGGGGAAUUCUUUUAAAGAAAAAGAAAAAACCGGAGACGGCAACUGCCCUUCGGAGCCCGACUCCCUCGCUCCACCUGACUGUCCGCUCCAAUGUAUUUUAGAUCAUGCGACGUUUUUACGUUUCGGACACAUUCCUGUGUUUUUUGGCACGUUGGAGCCACCGACGUCGGAUCGGUAUAAGAGCGUGAAACCAGUGGCAGAAAUUCCUCCAACCGUUGCAUCACAGUCCGGCUCAGUACCUGAGAUAUAUAUAUAUAUAUAUGUUCUCAUCGAGAAGGACUGGCUCUCCUUUGGACACAAGUUCUCUCACAGGUGCAACCACCUGGUGGGAGACCCGAAGGAGGUGUCCCCCGUCAUGGAUCAGUUCCUGGAGUGCGUGUGGCAGCUCAUGGAGCAGUUCCCCUGCGCCUUCGAGUUCAACGCCCGGUUCCUCAUCACCAUCCACAGCCACGUCUACUCCUGCCAGUACGGCAACUUCAUUGGCAACAACCAGCGGGAGAGGGUGGAGCUGGGGUUGCGUGAGAGGACUCACUCUUUGUGGAGUUAUCUGUGGAAGAACCAGACGGACUACAUCAACCCUCUGUACCGACCGGACCACAGCCAGACACAGGGGCUCCUCCGGCCCUCUACUGCCCCCUACUGCUUCAAGUAG